UUGCACGUGCUUCCUGCCAUGUAAUCAGAAACUGAAGUCAGAUUACAGCGUUAUGCCGAGGAGCGGUUCAUCUCACACCACCGCGCGCCACCACCGAACAUGCCCACUCCCGUUACCCGGAAGUAAGCAGAAUUCCCAAAGAUGGCGGAGCAAGGUCCAAUGGCGAUAGCUAUGCGGCUAAGAAAUCAACUACAGAACGUUUAUAAGCUCGAUCCUUUAAGAAACGAGGAAGAAGUGAAGAUAAAAAUCAAGGACCUGAAUGAACACAUUGUGUGUUACCUGUGUGCAGGAUAUUUCAUCGAUGCCACGACUAUUACUGAGUGUCUUCACACAUUUUGCAAGAGUUGCAUUGUGAAAUACCUCCAGACCAGCAAAUAUUGUCCAAUGUGUAACAUCAAAAUUCAUGAAACACAGCCUUUGCUAAAUCUUAAAUUGGACAGAGUAAUGCAAGACAUAGUUUACAAACUUGUUCCAGGUCUGCAGGAGAGUGAAGACAAAAGAAUCAGGGAAUUUUAUCAAUCAAGAGGUCUUGAGCGCAUCAUACAGCCAUUAGGGGACGACUCGUUGCCAGAUAAUACAGGAUUACCGUACACCAGCUUCGAUCACUCUAAAGCCCAUUUUUACAGAUAUGACGAACAAGUCUCACUAUGUCUGGAGAGACAAAGCUCAUCUUUAUCUGGAAAAGACAAAAAUAAGUUAACUUUACAGCAGAAGUUUGUUCGCUGCUCAGUCCGAGCCGAGGUCAGACACCUGAGGAAAGUUUUGUGCCAUCGACUCAACGUAGAGAGACAUCAGGUCCAGAUGCUUUUUAAUAAUGAAUGUCUACCAGAUCACAUGACCAUGAAGCGUCUCUGGCUGUCUCACUGGUUUGGAAAGGCUCAACCCCUGGUUCUGCACUAUGCCAUCAAGGACAAGAGAGCAAGAUAGGAUAGAAAAAUAGUAUCUACUGUUGUACAUAUUUUGUAUUUCACAUAUUCUAUUUUAAUAGUUUUUUCUCUGCAUAUAUACUUAUUUUUGUUUUGUAUUUUUGAAAAAAAAUAAAUAAAUGUAAAUGUUAAAAAAAA